GUCAGCGGGACAACGCGGCCAGUGGCUCCUCAAAGCGAAGCCGGGAGUUUUCGCCACCAUGAGUCGCAGUUAUAAUGAUGAGCUGCAGUUCUUGGAAAAGAUCAAUAAGAACUGCUGGAGAAUCAAGAAGGGCUUCGUGCCCAACAUGCAGGUUGAAGGAGUUUUCUAUGUGAAUGAUUCUCUGGAAAAAUUAAUGUUUGAAGAAUUAAGGAAUGCCUGUCGAGGUGGUGGUGUUGGUGGCUUCCUGCCAGCCAUGAAACAAAUUGGCAAUGUGGCCGCCCUGCCUGGGAUUGUUCAUCGAUCCAUCGGUCUUCCUGAUGUCCAUUCAGGUUAUGGGUUUGCUAUUGGAAAUAUGGCAGCCUUUGAUAUGAAUGACCCUGAAGCAGUGGUAUCCCCAGGUGGUGUCGGAUUUGACAUUAACUGUGGUGUCCGCUUGCUGAGAACCAAUUUAGAUGAAAGUGAUGUUCAGCCUGUGAAAGAGCAACUUGCCCAAGCUAUGUUUGACCACAUUCCUGUGGGAGUGGGGUCAAAAGGUGUCAUCCCGAUGAAUGCCAAAGACUUGGAGGAGGCCUUGGAGAUGGGUGUGGACUGGUCCCUGAGAGAAGGCUAUGCCUGGGCAGAGGACAAGGAGCACUGUGAGGAGUAUGGAAGGAUGCUGCAAGCUGAUCCCAAUAAAGUCUCAGCCAGGGCUAAAAAAAGAGGCCUUCCCCAGUUGGGGACUCUGGGAGCAGGCAACCACUAUGCAGAAAUCCAGGUUGUGGAUGAGAUUUUCAACGAGUAUGCUGCUAAGAAAAUGGGCAUUGACCAUAAGGGACAGGUGUGUGUGAUGAUCCACAGUGGAAGCAGAGGCUUGGGCCACCAAGUCGCCACAGAUGCACUUGUGGCUAUGGAAAAAGCCAUGAAGAGAGACAAGAUUAUAGUCAACGACCGUCAGUUGGCUUGUGCUCGAAUCGCUUCCCCAGAGGGUCAGGACUACCUGAAGGGAAUGGCAGCAGCUGGGAACUAUGCCUGGGUCAACCGCUCUUCCAUGACCUUCUUAACCCGUCAGGCUUUUGCCAAGGUCUUCAACACAACCCCUGAUGACUUGGACCUGCACGUGAUCUAUGAUGUUUCUCACAACAUUGCCAAAGUAGAACAGCAUGUGGUGGACGGGAAGGAGCGGACUCUGUUAGUACACAGGAAGGGGUCCACCCGAGCCUUCCCUCCUCACCAUCCCCUCAUUGCGGUUGAUUACCAACUUACCGGACAACCAGUGCUCAUUGGUGGCACCAUGGGAACCUGUAGCUAUGUUCUUACUGGUACUGAGCAGGGCAUGACUGAAACCUUUGGAACAACUUGUCAUGGAGCGGGCCGUGCCCUGUCCCGAGCAAAGUCAAGACGUAAUUUAGAUUUCCAGGAUGUCCUCGACAAAUUGGCAGACAUGGGAAUUGCGAUCCGUGUUGCCUCACCCAAGCUGGUAAUGGAAGAGGCCCCUGAGUCCUAUAAGAACGUGACGGAUGUGGUGAACACCUGCCAUGAUGCCGGAAUCAGCAAGAAGGCCAUUAAACUGAGGCCAAUUGCUGUAAUCAAAGGAUAGAACCCUGACCACGGCCACCGGACACCACUGACCCUCCCUGAAGUGGAAGUGGACAAAAAUACUCUUCAGACAUCAGACUCGAUUCCUGACAGGUUCCAUGGUGUGCAGCUCUAGCUGCCUAUUCCAAAAUGGCUAGUGGGUCAGCUUCCAAUUCUGGAAUCAAUGUUGUAAACUUUCCUUCUGGGAGGAGUCAUGUUGCCCCCACUUGGAAAGAAAUGUAUAUGCUUCCUCCCUGAUUAUCCCACAGAUUUUUAGAAAAAUCUGAUAGGGAGUGAGGCUAAGUCAAGAAACUGCCUUACUCAGUCACACAAGUCUUUCUUCAUCAGAAUGAAGUUCUUUACACCACCCUCUGUUUCCAGCCUGUGAGGUAUUGUGAAGAACAUUCUAUUAAAUAGGAAGAUUUUGGAAUGUCUUUUUCCCUUCUGUCACUUUGUCCACUUAUCCACUCUUAUACCAUCUUGUCCUGCACUGAGCAAAACCCUAAAUACUAUUCUUACUUGGAGCAGACAAAUGGGUCAAAGAAGGAUGUUGAACAGAUGGAUAAUGGGACAAGUUAUAGAGGGGGGAUGUGUGUGGAGGUGUAGGGAUGGGUACCCAAAAGAAAAUAUCUCUUCAUAGACUUGUUACCUUUGUCGUUCUAAAUAUAAGGCAGAGUUUUGACUUACCUGUAGAAAAUGGCAUCAGCUGGUGUCUGUCAUUAAUUAGGCCUGGUCAGAUAGACUUUUCUUGAAUAAUAACUUACAAGGCAGCAUCAGAGAACCCCCACAAAAUACUGAGUAUCUUUACAUUUGCGAUUGAAUUAUUAUAAAACAUCAAAUGGCCACAGCUGUGAUGCUAAUGGUUACUCUGUGUUGACAGGUUGACUAGUCUUGUGCCACCUAAUCAGAUGAGGUGCUAUGUACUGUGACACCCGAAGAUGUUUAAUUUAUAGGGUACUGAGGCCACAGUUGAGUCCAGACACUAAAAUGGAAAAAUCUAAUAAAGUUGUAGUAUGUUGUU